AUGAUUACUGGUAAGAUUGGAGGGAGGCCUCACGUUGUUGCAGUUCAUGUUUUACUGCUUGGCGAAAGCAAUGAUGUUUCUGUUUCAGCUCUUCCAGUCGAAAAAUUGAUUGUGAAAGCUGAUGGAUUGGGUGAAGAAUUUCCUGAAACUGGCCAAAGGCCUGGGAUGGGAACAAACAUCUACCCGUCUUCAGACGAAACAAGGAUGUUUCUGUUUAAGGAGAAUUUCCUGGUACAUCAUGACAAUAUAUCCAAGUUUCAUGUGAAACCAUCUGCAUUACCAGACCGCUGGAAGCUGAGGGAAAUAUUUGUGGCUGGUGUCGUGUUAGCAAAGCUGAUAUCUAUAGACCUUGAUGUGGAUGUUGAGAUGAUUACGGAUGAUCAGCUUGCCAUUGCCAAGAAAAUGGGCCGAAGAAAGCAUACACUUGAAUUGUUUGUUGCUGACUGUGCUAGAAGUGUUUCUGACAUUGGCCUCACUGAACUUGAUCUAAAUGUGAUUAUUAGUGCACAGCUCACCAGCAGGGCAAUUUCCCAGAUGAUGAAGAAUUAUAGUAUCUAUGCUGUGUCAAUCACCAUUCGUAGAGUGGGGUACAUCAUGACAAUAUCCAAGUUUCAUGUGAAACCAUCUCCACUGCCAGACAGCUGGAAGCUGAGGCAAAUAUUUGUGACUGAUGUUGUGUUAGGCAGUUACUUUGCUUUUAAAUUGGAGCCUCAAAUGACUGUUAUCUUUCUGCCUCAUGAAUGA